AUGGUGAAAGUCGAGGGAGGUUCCGUCGGCGGCGUUUUGGCAAUGCUGCCCCUGCUGGUGAUCGUGGGAGUACUUCACGACGUCGCAGCAGUAGAAGCGACUCCAUCCCGAUGUGAUUUUCCAGCGAUUUACAACUUUGGAGACUCAAACUCCGAUACCGGUGGCAUUUCAGCUGCAUUUUACCAGAUGGCGGCACCGGAUGGUGAGACUUACUUCCACCGGCCGGCAGGAAGGGCCUCUGAUGGGCGACUCAUUAUCGACUUCAUUGCCGAGCACCUCGGUUUGCCACACCUGAGUGCGUACCUCGACUCACUAGGGACGAGUUAUCAGCAUGGCGCCAACUUCGCCACCGGAGGAGCAACGAUCAGGAGGCAGAAUGAGAGCUGGUUCCUGAACGGAGUCAGCCCGUUUUCCCUUGAUAUCCAAAUGGCACAGUUCGAUCAGUUCAAGAACCGAUCUGCAUACCUCUACGGCUCUUUACGCGUUCGAUAUCGGGCAGAAUGUAUCCUAAGAACGAUGUUGUCUUCCUUCUCUGUUUGUGUUUUCUUUUGCCAGCAUUUAUACGACCAAGGUGCAAGGACGUUUUGGAUACACAACACGGGUCCGAUCGGGUGCUUAGCAAUCACCAUCCAGGCAGUCCACGACCCAAUGCCCGGUUACCUGGACAAGCAGGGCUGUGUCAAGGACCAGAAUGACAUGGCUUCGGAGUUCAACCGGCAGCUUAAAGAAAAAGUGGGGCAACUAAGGCGUCAGCUCCCUGAAGCUGCUUUGACAUACAUCGAUGUCUACUCCGCCAAGUAUGGACUCAUCGGCGCUGCCAAGGAACAAGGUAAGGAAACCAAGAAGGAUUUUUAUGAGACGUCCAUAUCCUAACUAGCUUUUCGGAUCAGGAUUCUUAAAAGAAUAACAAGGAGCUAUGGCAGCUAAAUUCGACCCCUCGGUCCAUUCCCGAUACUGCGGAUUCCAUUGCUCUUUCAUGAUCGGACUCUGUUCGAUCAGCAAUGCCUAAAAAUGUGGAAAGUCAUCAGUUUUCUUUUUGCCAUGAUCGAGGGAUUGCACCGAGCAUGCCGCCACUUUAUGCACGCCCCAAGUCACAGCUAAAUCUAUGCCUAACUCCAUCAAGAAGUACACUAAUGGAGGGACCCAUAUUUGCACACCACACGGACAAAUCCGACAACGCCUCGGCGAGUACAUCCGUUACGUACCGGGGGGCUUCAGUCUUCCAAACGAGUUAAGAUGGUGUCCAUAUAUAAUCCUAUUGUUUCCUUGGGCAGGGUUUGGAGAUCCGACUAGGAUAUGCUGUGGGGUGCAAUACAAGGACAAGCACGUCUGGUGCGGGCAAAGUGCAGACUUCAAUGGCACAAAGUUGUAUGCAGGUUCAUGCAAAGACCCUUCUUCCUUUGUUAGCUGGGACGGUGUCCACUACACCGAGGCUGCAAACCACUGGCUGGCCGAUCGCAUCGUCAACGGUUCCUUCUCCGACAGCAGCUCCCCGAUCUUGCGUUCAUGCCUUGGAUUUUGACGGACCAAAUCACUGUGUCAUCCGAACAUAGCCAAAUGAGUCAUUGGCAUUAGUGUAAUCAUAGACAAGAUAAAAGGGCCUCCAUAGCAUGACAACGAUAGAAAUCAGAGAGAAAGUCGGACUCUUGGAGAUAGGACAUUUUCUAUUUUCAAUGCUAUUAGUAUCCAUCUGAAAAGACAUAUAUAGACUUGCGUGGAUCUUCUUGAGCAU